GCGAGCCUGGUUUUGGGUGCAGUUCUUUAUUUCUGCUGCAGCCGGCAGGAUGCGCAGGUCUGGGGGCAGCUCGCAGCUGAAACGGUGCAGCUGGGAAGCCCCCUCCCUUUAUUAGUCAAUAUUGGAUUUAUGUAGCGACAGGAACGGAUUGCGAGUGGAGUUGGUGCUGGAUCGGACCCUCCAACUGCUGGUGUGCUUUUGUAACAGGGUGAAUCUGUAUGAUGAACUAUGGUGCAUCUGUCUAAAAUGAAGAGCAGACAGGGGCCUUAGCUUUUAGGGGUGCUAAAGAAGUGGGCAAAAUUAUCUAGGAGAGAUGCGUGUGGAAGGUGCCCCGAGCAGCACUGCCCCAGAGCAGUUGGCACAGAGCACUGGAGGAAGUCCUAAGCGGUCAUCACCUAGGAAAGCAGGACAUGUGGCUGGUUUUUGUGAGGGAGAAACCACAACAGAAAGGAAGAAGAAGAAAAAGAAGGAACCCAGACCCGAGUCCAUCAUAGUCUACCGGUCAGAAAAUGAAAAGCUGGAGGACGACCAAUCUGGCCAAGAGGGAGCUGAAAAGAAUGCAGGGGAAGCCUCCAAUUUCUUGGGGCAAUCCACUCCGGAAGGAGGGUGGAAUGUACCAUUAGACAGUCGCUAUGUAACUCUCACUGGCACUAUUACAAGAGGAAAGAAGAAGGGACAGAUGGUUGACAUCCAUGUCACAUUAACAGAGAAAGAGCUGCAAGAGUUGACAAAGUCCAAAGAGCCUCCAGCUGAAGAAGCACAACAAGAGAAAAACACUUGCAAUGUUGCUCUGGAUCGGGGUCCACAUAUUGUACUUUGGAGCCUCCUGUGUGCUCCUGUAGUCUUUGUGUUGUCCUUUGUGAUGUCAUUUUACUAUGGAACUAUCACCUGGUACAAUAUAUUUCUUGUUUACAAUGAAGAAAGGACCUUUUGGCAUAAGAUUACAUUUUGUCCCUUUCUGAUCAUUUUCUACCCAGUAAUAAUUGUGGUUGUUUCCUUCUCCCUUGGUCUGUACACAGCUGUGACCCAGGUGUCCUGGUCCUUUGGCGAGUGGUGGCAGGCUGUAAGAGACUUAGAGAAGGGUUUUUGUGGUUGGCUAUGCAGCAAACUGGGUCUGGAAGACUGUUCCCCUUACAGCAUUGUUGAACUUCUGGACUCUGAUAAUAUCUCUGGUAGCUUGUCCGGUAAAGGACCAGGACACGGAGUUGAGACUUCAGCAGUCUAAUGUCAAAAUGAGAAGUUUAUCAGAUAUUUGUUGCAACUAAACAGUUAUUAUAAAAGGGCCAAAUGGUGCUGUUACAUUUGGAUUUGAAUAUUUUCUUUCCUAAAAGAAAAAGAAGCACAACAAGUUAAAAAAGAAAGUUUAUUAGUGAAGCACGUGUGGCAUAGGAUCUACUUUUCAGUCAUGCAUAGUUGCUGAAACUUGCACCUGGUGUUUGCAUUUUUUUAUUGCUGCUUUUUGUACACAAGAAGAGAUGUUGCAUGAAGUUGAACACUUUUAAUAUUAUGCACUAAAAUGUAUGCCUUUGUGGUUUGAGGUUGUUUUUGCUUGCCAUUAAUGCUACAUGGAUUUUACUGCCUAACUUACAGAAAUAGUGUACAUUCACCAAUGUUUAGAAGACGUAUUUGGUUUGUGAAUUAUAGAGAGAUUAGCCUCAUUAAAACUUUGAACUUCUCAAAUAAAGAUGUGACCUCUCUUAAAUAAAAAGAAGCCUGUAGUGUUUCAAACUGAGAUGGCUUCAGGCUGUUACAUCACAAACCCUUCCUACUCAACUGCUGCAGAAUGGAAAUACUUGUUCUUUUAAAUGAAUUGCAACUGUCCUAUUCAAAUGUCCACUAAAUCAUGCGAAAGGCAAAACCUUUGCGAAACGAGGUCAAAGCAAAGCACAAAUGGGUAACAACAGGGAUGGAGUCUAAGUUUUCAUUAGUAUUUAGUCAGUUGCUAAAUACACGCCAUUCCUAUAAUUUUCUGCAGCAAAAUUUUGCUGUCAAAUUUCUGUGCAUCUGUAGAAGUGUUUUCAGUCUGCAGCAUACAACAGAGGGCCAUUCGGUUUGUAUAUGCGCUAACAACUUGCAUAUUAGGCAGACGGUUCUCGCACCUACAUCACAUUUUCUGACAUUGAUCUAGAAGUGUGUCUCACAGAUGUGACAGCAAGCUGACUGCAUACCAUGCUGAUGAGUUUUCUUUCCAUUGUCUGUUCAGUCCUCAUUAUCUGUUCAGAUGAUGGUUUUAUUUUUUCUUUGUUUAUGUUGUACAUUCUUCUUUUUAGUUGUCUGAUUCGCAUAGGAUUGUGUGUACCUGCUGCAUGCAAAGUCCAGUGAAAUGUUUGCAUAAACAUUUACUUGCCUGUUUAUGCCCUGUCUGUGACCAAACCUUAUUGAACUGUCCCAGUGCUUUCACCUUGACACAUGAAGUGUGGUGGCAACAGAAGUCUUUAAAUAAUUUCAUUAGGCUUACAAUUUAAACAGUGUAUGGUUUCUGUGGUUGUAAAGAAUCUCUGUCAUUCUUGGUCAUAUUGAAAUCUUAAGACUGCAUAGUCUUAAUUUAACACAUAUUUGUCUUCAUUUAUGAGAAGGUGAAUGACAAACACCAUGAUGAAAGAAUUAGUUAUUGGUUACAAUGGCAGCUGCUUCUUGGACUUCAUCCACUUAGGCCUGUUCUUUCUUCCUUUGAACAUCCCUUUCUUCUGUAAUGCAAUUUCUAGUCCUGUUAUUCAAACAGUGUCACAUGUUGAUGGGUACCGUUGCUGUGUUUUCUGGGGCCUUCCUCUCCAUUUUGUGUCCUCGGCACUCUCCAGGCCUUUCUCAUGUGGUUCCUUAGUAAAAGCGUAGAAUUCUGAUAGUCCUCUUAAUGUAGUGCAUUUUUGGUAGUUCUUUUCCUAGUACUAGAAAUGUCUUUGGAAAGAACAUAGGUUUUUUUAGAAAGUGUUUUGUAAUAGCAGGGAUUUCUGGUGGUUCAUUUUGUAAGAUUGCCAUUGGCUCGUCUUAUGGUAACACAUUUUCUUAUGGAUUUCCUUUUUAUAGCGUCUGUUUCUAGUGUCGGUUGCAUUAUUAGAGAUUUCAGAUAUUUAAUUCUUGGUUUGAAAACUGUAGUUACUUUCUUGCCAAUGGUAACUUAUUCUGGCUUUAUUAUGGUCCUUAGCACUAGUGAUGUUAGUAGUGGCAGUGCCUCCUUUUUCUAUUGGGUGCCAUCAUAAAAGCAUAUCUGAUGUUGUCACUGUCAUUCUUGCUCAACCUGUGGGUUCUUGGAUCCGACUCAGCCGCUUUCCAAGCUGAGAAGUCGAAGCUUGAGCUCCUUCCAUCUUACCCGUAAUGCGUCAUUCCCCCAGCAUAACUCAGAUUUCAUUUGCCUCUCAUAGUGUAUGCUUCAAGAUUUCAUCACUCCAGAGCUCCUCCAGGUUUGAGUAAAGUUUUCGGCCAGUCAGUGAGUUUUAGCUAACCUUUAGUCUUUUUUGGUCAUCUUUAUUCCAACCCUGUCUCUUACAUGAGUAAUUUCUCUCUUUCUUUGUCCAUAAAUCAGGGGGUUUUUUUUGUCUGACUUAACCUUCCUGCCUUCUCCGUUUCUUCUCUCUCCCUUAUCCUUUUUAAAAAAAAAAAAAAAAAGAGAGUUUUCUUUUCCUCGUUCCUUUCUCUUUGCAGUGAUGUCCAAGUCUGAUCCUAAAUUGGGCAAACCUUUUGGGUUUAAUAAAUGCACUUCCUGUGGGCACAAAAUCCUGUUGUCUGAUGCCCGCAGGGAGUGCUUGUAUAGUCUGGGGCCCUUUCACUUGGAUAUCCCUGCCCUAUCUUUUCAGCUUUCCACCUGCAUGCCCAGGCGAAUCGGCAGAAUAAGCUGAUUCUUAAGGCCUGCUUCCUUCUGCCUCCUUUCCUGCUGUUCCCUCUAUGUCAUGGGCUCAAUCCCCCUCCGGGAAACACAAGGAGACUCAGAAAGGCCCAAAACGCUUCUCAGAUAUGUCUUCUUCGUUGGUAUCAAAGCAGAUAAAAAAGGCACCAAAAUCUUUGGAUCUGACUGUGUCGUCUCCUCCUUGUGCACCUCCUCCUUGCGCUCCAGUUACCAGUUUGGAGCCAAGUACAUUGGCACAGAGAUCUCCUAAGAAGCCAUUGAGACCUACUUCUACCACUUUUCCCACCAGGUCUUCUCAUAGUCUGUCUGAGAAAUACAUGGCUAGACUGAGGCAGUUUCUUCAGACACAAAUCCAGAUGGGGGUUUUUCCAUCUCCGUCACCACCAAAUCCGUGAGUAGAAUUUCCUCAUUCCGCCCUGUUGCUCCUUCUCCAAUUUGACCUUCGGUUUCAGAGUCUGCUGGUGCUGUAGUUCUGAGAGCCGAAAUGUUGGAGCUGACAGGGGUGAUCUCUUCAUUUCAGACGGGCCUCCCUGGCUCAUUCAGCUCCAACCAUGUUGGUGUCUAGCACGUCUCAGACCCUUGAGUCCAGGGGUUUUAUGCCAGCUCCAAAGUUUUCAGAGCCGUCACUUCCCCUCCGAAUCUCUGCUUUCGACAGCUCAACUCCUACUCCCCCUUUGGAGCAGAGCACUCCAUGUGGUUGGAAGGUGUCAGCUAUGUUGACUUCAGCUCUGGAGGGAUGACCCUUAGUUAUUCUGAGUCCAUCUGCAUUCGAAGUGUUGGAGAGGGUCCUCUCUCAUCCCAGCAGAGCCUUAGUUCUUCCUUCCUUGGCACCACUCCCCACCCCCAAGGAUCCUGUGUCUGAGGCCUCUUGUCUACCAUGGGGACAGUCGGCCCUGGACCAGCCUCCAGCCCAUCCCUUCAGUGGAACCCCAGUUUUCUUCUGACACCUCCCUGGAACAUCCCACUGAGGAGGUUCCUUGGAGCAGACAGUGUAAAAGGAGGCACCUGGAUUCCCCCCAGGAAUCCCUCACUACUGAUACUCAUUUCGAGGAAGUGGCAGUGGUCCCCAAGAUCUCUACCUGAGGAUGUCUUCUUUGCGGAUGUCCUAGAAAUACUCCACCAGAGAGGUGGUUGGUUUGCCUAAAACCCCACCCUGGAAACAAUGCUGUUGGAGGCUUUCGGGUCCGGCCCAUCUACAUCCUGGGUGCCCCCCCCCCAGAUGCUCUCAUUGACCUAGUAUCUACCAGGGCAUGGAAGGGACACGACACUGUGGACCCCAUACCAAAGAGAGUUGAUAAGAUUCUGAGCACACCUACUGAUAGGCCACAUUGGACAAAAGGAAUCCCAGUAGAUGCUAUGGUGGUGGUGGCAGCCACUAAGAAGGAGCUGGCUCAGUAAAGCUCCGUCAACCAGGGAGUCUAGGGCUAUGGACAGGUUCGGCAAGAGAGUUUACUCUUCAGCCACUUUAACGUUAUGAGUGUUAAACUACUUAUCCCAUUUCACUAGACUGCAGAGAGAACUUAUCAAAGAACUGACUUUGCCCCAGAGUCCAUGUCUGUCGAAGAUCAGAAGACCUUUUCUUCCAGAAUGACCACUGUACUUUCGAUAUAAAAUGCAUCCAUGAGGUUGAUCUCUCAAACAGCAGAGGGUGCUUCUAGGGCAGCCGGUUCAGGCAUUGCCAUUAGGAGCUACGCCUGGAUGCGGCUGUCUGACUUCGAGAAACCUUUCAGGGUGUCAUUCGUCAGUGCCCUUUUUGAUGGAUCGUCAUUGCUUGGUUCAGCAGUCAGACACACUCUCCCAGAUUGAGAAAGAUGGAAAUACCUUGUCUACUAUUGGAAUCCGGUUUUCUACCACACAAAGGUCUUUCUCCGGGAACCAGCAUGGGGGAAAAAAGUUACGGUUCAAGAAAUCUCAAGGUCCUUUUCAGGAGUCUCAGGGAGACUUUUCCCCCAGAGACAGAGGGGGUAAGAGCUACAAUGGAAGAUGCUGCCCCAGUGGCAGAGGGGGUCCACAGAAUGCAGGGUCUUGAGUUUCCUUCUUGGACAGACCCUUCUAGCACUCCUAAACAGUGACCCAACUGCCCUCCUCUGGAGGCAGUCGGGAGUCGCUUCUCCUUGCACCCACAAGCCUGGGCAGACAUCAUGAUCAGUGGGUGCUAAGGAUGGUAUCCAGAGGAUACUUUAUUCCCUUUUUGGAAAACCCCAGACAAGAGUCUUUCCUCCCCGAUGUUUCACCCAGUCAGAUGGAGAAAGUACCUCAAGAAAUUGCAAAGUUGCUACAAAAAAGAGUCAUCCAGGAUGUCCAUCACAAUCAAAUAGGAUCGGGCAUGUACUCAAGAUUCUUUUUAGUACCAAAAAAGACAGGAGACCUGCAAGCCAAUCCUGGACUUGACAUCCCUGAACAAAUCAGGUAAAGAAUUCAAAUUCAGGAUGGUCAUGGUCCAGUCCAUUCUACCCCUUUUGAGAAUGGACAAAUGAAUGUGCUCAGUAGACCUGAAGAAUGCGUACUGCCACAUCAACAUGGACAAGGCAGUCCAGACAGUACCUUUGUUUCAGGCUGGGAGCCAGCCAUUACCAAUUCAAAUUGCUUCCAUUCGUUCUCACCACAACCCCCCAGGGUGUUCACCAAAUGCAUAGCGGUCAUCGCAGCCCACCUCAGGCUGCAAGGAUUCCAUGUGUUUCCAUGUCUGGACAAAUGCCUCCUAACCACCCCAACCAGGCAUCUACUUGUUCAAGCAAGGGAUUACUUGUUACAGCUAUCUCUCUGUCUAGGCAUAACAGUCAACACACACAAAUAUCACUUGCAUAUAUCACGUGCAGCCAGUAAAAAACAUAGAUUUCAUUGAAGCACAUUUGAACUCUAUUUCAGCAUGGGCUUACCUCACUCCGGACAAGAUUACAAGUUUACAAUAUCACAUCAAACAGAUUCUAGCUAUCCCAGCUCCUGCAGCGAAUCUAGUGCUCAGGGUCUUGUCUCACCUGUUGGAGCAUAUUCACCUGAUCUUCAAAGACUGAAAUUAACCACAUGGUUUCCCCAAUUCUAAUGAUGGCAAGACAUUCCAGGCUUUCAUCCCCCGGUCUGAAAAAUCUUGAUCUCUGCUCAUAAGUCCGCUACUUGGAAAAUCUACAAGAGCAAAUGGAAGAGGUUUUCUUUAUAGGCCCAGAAAGAACAUAUAGAUAUUUUUACUGCUCACAUUCUGAAAACUGGUUUUUUUUUUUACUUCCCUCUUCCAAAGGGGAGCUAGUUACUCCAUGUUGAAAGUUCAGCUUGCAGCCGUUUCCUACUUUCAUACUGGGGAGAAUUAAUCUUCUCUGGCUUCAUCCAAACUUUGCAAAGUGUUUCUGAGAGGUAUCUUUUUACUUGCCUAUUAAAGAUCCUAUUCCUCUGUGGGAUCUGACCGUGGUUUUACAAUUCGUAGUCCUUCCUCCUUUUGAAUCUGUGACGAAGGUAGACUUUAAAUUUCUCUGAUGGAAGACAGUUUCUCUGGUGGCUAUAACCAAGCUGUUUCCUCAAAACCUUCCUAUCUAAUCUUUCACAAAGAUAGUUACUCUUAUGUUCCAACCCAUCCUUUUUUUCUAAAGUGGCUACAGAAAAUAAUGUAAAUUAAUCUAUCAAACUUCCUGUUUUCUUUCCCAACUUUCAAAACAAAGGAGAGUAGUAUGUGCUCCAUCUUUUGGAUGUGCAUAGUCAGUUACAUUUUUACUUGGACAGAACUAAGUCUUGUAGAAAAUCUGAACAACUGUUUGUAUCCUUUUCUGAUGAAAAGAACGGGCAAGUUAUCACCAAGAAUACACAUGCCAAAUGGUUGAGAGAUUGUAUUUCCUUUGUGUACUCUUCCAAAAACAGGCUAUUACCAGGCAAAAUCAAGGCUCAUUCUACAAGGUCUUGAGUGUCUGUUGGUGACAUUUGUGCAGCUGCAGCUUGGUCAAAUUCCCAUACGUUUGUUACACAUUAUAAAGGUGGACAUUACCUCCUGGCCUUUGGCUCUGCAGUGCUUCGUAAUAUCCUUGAGGGCCACCCUAGGUUAUUGAAGCUAGGGACUCUGUCCCACAGGUUGAGGAAGAAUGACAGUGACAAUGUCAGAUAAAUUUAUGUUCUCACCAUAAUGUUCCAUCUAUGUUGUCACUGCAUUCUUGCUCAACCUUCCCUCCCUCCUUAGUCCUGUCCUUGACUAUAAGCGACCUGGUGGGAUGUUUUCAUGGGAACCACAGUUCUUGGUUGGGCUCCUGAUCUUUAUGCUUGAUCUUGUUUUUUCAUUGGUAUUUACAAUGCCCAUCUUUGUUUCCAUAAGAUUGCUUGUGUGGGUACUGGGUUGCUGCAAACUCGAUCUGACGUAUGUUGGAGAAUGAGGCAAUAUGGAUAGGAUGGGAGGAGCUCAAAUUGUGACUUCUCAGCUUGGAAAGCGGCUGAGUUCGGGUCUGAGGGUUGAAUCCAAGAACCCACAGGUUGAGGAAGAAUGCAGUGACAACACAGAUGGAACAUUACGGCAAGAACAUAACUUCUUUUUUCACAUUAUCAGAAUAAUACCCGAACUAUUUCUGCCUAGUAGGUGUGAAUGUUCAGGCUGGUAUCUGUGCUAGUUUCAGUGUUGGCUUUGAGCCCUUUGAGGUAAUGGUAGUACCAGAUCUUAUAUUUGUCCUUUUCAGCCAGUAAUAUUUCUCCAGUGGUUUUAGUUGAUCUGUGUGGUUUUAGUUGAUCUGUGUAGGAUCAGUACUGUGGGGGAUCUCUGUUACAGUUUACACUCUUUGACUAUUGCUGUUCCCAGCAAAGAGGAGUACCACGAAUGAUCCUUUCCAUGACCAUCUCCAGAUUAGUUUAGAUGCAUCACUGAUGAAUAUUUAGGCUUUACUUUCAGCCAUUUUGUAAAUGUAUUGGGGGUUAUGAAGAACUGUGCAUUUGCCCUUCUCUUUGGAGUUGGUACGUCAGUGAUUUCAUUCCAUUAGGUCCAUCUGAUCCAGAAUUAGAUGAAAUAUUAAAGGUGAAACUGAUCAGAAAAGAAGAACCAUUGAAUGCAUACCUCUCAACUGUCCAGACUUUCACAGAAUGGCCAUAUUUGUGCCUCAUAUUUUUGGUCUGUUCCUCAUAAACAUUUGAUUUUUUUUCUGGCAAAUCAGGGAGAACCAAAUUAAAAAAUAAUGACAUUUGUUUUUCUGACUUCAUAUUAUUUAGAAAAUGAUAUUAUUCAGAAAAUGAAGGUAACUCAAAACCUUUUUAUUCUAGCAACUUUUUAAGUUUGUAAGAGCAAUAUUUAAAAUGUUUGUCAAUUUUUGGGCAUUUGUCCAGAUUUCCUCUCACCUCUUAGCACAAACAUCAUUGAAUGUAACUCUGCAAACAUUUCCCCAACAAAAAUCAUUGAAUGUAACUCUGCAAACAUUUCUUCAACAUCUACCUUUUUCCUCUCUUUGGAAUCCACUGAAUGAAGACGUCCAAACAGUGAUUUCUGUGUCAUCUGUAGAAUCCUACUCAUUUUGGGUUUCUUUAAACACAUUCAUGUAUGCUACAGGAUGGAAAACAGAAUGGUCAUGAUGUUGACUAAGCAUUCCUGGAGUGUUUGUAUUGGUUGUCCAGCAAUUGUUUACGAUUAGGCUGCUUUGCAAGUCAUUUAACUCCUCAGGGCAGCAUUGCAUAUAUGGCAAUGAGAAAGCCAGCACCUUGCGUAGGGGAAUUAAAGCAGUUUUGGGAGUUGGGAUUUACCCUUGGUGCUGCUCAUCUAAUACUGCAGAUGCUACCAGUGAGAAUGGAGAGACUGUGGUGUAACUGUCUGAUAGAAGUUAUAAGUUGCCUACCACCUGCCUCCCACCCCUUCAGCCCAGUCACAGAUGGCAUUUAUACCAAUUAUUAACUGCAUGGAAAUUAUUACUUGAACUAAGGCCAUAAAGAUCACCACCCAGUCUCUAAUUUUAUUAAUGUGGGGAAACCCCCCCAGAGCAGCAGGCUAUACCUCUUGUGUUGCAGGAAUGUGCCUCUAUCACAUUAGAUGUGACAAACACAAAUGCACUGUCCUCUGAAGUUGUUUCUUAUCACCAUUUUGUUUUAAUAAUUCCUGUCUUCAGAUCAUGACCAGGGGCCAAAAUGCUACUUUUUGUUUGCUAUCCCUUCAUCUUGAUGUGAAGUGUCAGGUCAGUGUUGAACCAAAAUUGAGUAGAUUGGAUGAUGGAAAAGCUUCACUAGUUCCCAUGCCACUCAUUGUGAUGUGAAAUUGAUGCUGUGGUAAAAGAACCCUGUCAAUAAAUUUCAUGCAAGUUAUGAAAGUGGAGUAAAGCUUAGUUCCUGACUUUCAUCACUUUGUUGGUAUUCAUAUUUUCCUGACUCAUGGAUACUUCUCUGCUUUUAUUUCCAAGAGGUUCCUUUUUCAAUUCCUGCCUUUUUGACUUUUGUGUAUUGGGGUGGCCCCCUGUUUUGGGGAGAGGGAACAGUCUGAAAAACUAAUUUCCAAGCCAGUAAUCUGGGAGUGACUGUACAAAAUUCCAGUAUUCUGUGCGCAGUACUUUUAUGUCUGAAGAUUUGAUAAACUAUGACUUAUUCCCUUAAAGUAAACCUUGUUAGGCAAGGCCUUGAGGAAAAAGUCAUGAAUAUUUGAAAAGAUGCUUGAUAGUCUGUUUAAAUGCUGAAUUAUAUAUUUGUAUAUGGACUGUGUCAGAUUGGCAGCGAACAUAGUCAAGUUAGAUAGUUUAGCAGUGUGUGUGUGAAGAAUGUUUUUCCCUGUUGUUGAUAGAAAUACUGUGUAAUUUUUUUUUAAUAAACCGAGUUUGACUAUAGUUAUAUAAUUUAGGAGAUUAUGUGAUAUUUUGAGGCAUUUUUGGUAAAACUUGCAUGAACAUAAACUGCAGUUGCAGUUGGUGAGAUCAGAGCGUGGGUGGGGGGCUGUAGGAAGCAACUAAAUGGGUUGGGUUAAUUGAAAUGGGACAAGACCAUGUUAAGAUCAGUGUCUUGUUUACCUGUGAUCAAACAGCAACUCAUUUCUUUAUUGACUAUAUGCACCUCUUGAUGUUCGUCUAUGAUGAAUAGGGCCAGGCUUGAGUGAAAUGCAGCAUUAGACAAAGGACUUCAAGAUGCUCUGCCCUCUGUUGCACUCAAGUUGGGACACUGUGGAAAAGGAACCAAUCUUUCCCACUCCCACAACAACACCCCCUUCCUGGCUUUCCCACACCACUCAGCCAGAUUACUUCUUUUUAUUUAUUUAUUUUUUCAUUGUCAGCUUUUUCUUCCAUCCUUUCCAUACACUGCAGCCAAAAACUGCACUAUAGUAACUGUGGCAAAAGUAACUGAGUUAAGCUGGAGGUACGGGAGCCACUGGGCUCCUAGAAGCCUUGAAGUUCUUCAAGAUGCUCUGGGGUAUGUUUUUGAGAUGUUUUACAACCUUUUGAUCUAUUAGUGGCCUAGACAAAAAUCAGGAAUAAGAAAUGAAAUGUCCUUUUUUUUUCUUUCAAGAAAGAAAUAAGUUGUGUCUAAAGCUUGGUGUUCAAAGCUGACCAAGUAGUACUUCCCAAUAAAGUGAGAAGAGAAAUGCCUAUGAGGAUACAUAAAUCAUAUUUAGGAAUAGUGGCCAUGUCCUUACUCCCCCUAGAAAAAAAUGGUCACCUGUGUACCCCUCUUGUGUUAGGCUAAGAUGAAAGAGAAAUAAUAUAUGGCUACAGGGGUAUACUUCAAGUUGUUGCUAUCGUAUAGUGUGUGUGUGUAUGUGUGU